AUGUCGUCUUCACGUGUGCUGAUAUAUCUCCUUCGUCGCGAUCUACGAUUUGCGGACAAUCCUAUACUUAAUGACGUCUCCAAAACAUUCCAGCAGUCUCGUCACCCGUACACUCACUUUCUGCCUGUAUAUGUUUUUGCAGCCCAACAGAUUGAGGUCUCGGGCUUCUUGUCCUCCAAUGAACAACGCUCACCGUACCCAGAGGCUCGUUCAGAUGCCGGAGGCUUCUGGAGAUGUGGACCUCACCGUGCAAAGUUCCUGGCGGAGAGUGUGUGGGAUUUGCAAAAGAACUUAGAAGCCGCAGGUAGCGGCCUGGUGAUUCGAGUAGGCAUGCUAGGGCAUGUAGUGAAUGCAUUGUUGGAUGGCUUCAAAGAUACUACGGAAGUAGUGGGGGUGUGGAUGACGGAGGAGGAAGGCGUAGAAGAAAAAAGGGAAGAGCGAGACGUACGUAGCAUGACCGAGAAAGCAGGAAAAGAAUUCAAGCUGUGGACCGACGAGAAAUACUACGUGGACGAGAAGCAAGUUGAGCCACUUCGGGAUACACCUCGCCGAGUCCUUCCGGCUCCGCCGAAGUUACCGGACCUUCCUUCCAGUAUACCAUCACAACAGGGUCCGUUCUCUAUACCGACAUCUCUCGACACACUCAUAGCUGCUCUUCACAAACCUCUCGUGCCUAAUCUUGGCCUGGAAAACCCACCGAAAUUGCUCAGUAAGGCCCAUAAUGCCCAUCCAUUCCAGGGAGGUGAGAAUGCUGUCCACGAACGCGUCAGCCAUUUAAUCACAACCGGUAGUAUGACAACAUACAAAGAUACUCGCAAUGGAAUGAUAGGAGCUAACUUUAGCACGAAACUUUCUGCCUGGUUAGCGUUAGGUUGCAUAACGGCAAGGCAGGUACACUGGUAUCUGGUCGAUUUCGAAGAAGGCAAGACUGAGCUAGGCAAAGGUGUUCAUGGUUAUGGCAAGGGGGAAAAUAAAGGCACGGCAGCGGUGCGAUUUGAAUUGCUGUGGCGCGACUAUUUUCGACUGGCAACGAGGAAAUUCGGACCUAGGCUGUUUCGAAUCGGCGGGUUCAAGGACGACCGAAGUAUACCAUGGCAGUAUCCACAGAAGAACCCGGAUGCGCAGUGGAGAGUAGCUAGGUUCUUAGAAGGAAGAACCGGCAAUGGUUUCAUCGAUGCUUCUAUGAGGGAAUUGUUCCUCACUGGUUAUACUUCAAAUCGAUUGCGGCAGAACGUAGCAUCUUUCCUCGCGAAGCAUAUGGGCGUCGACUGGCGCAUCGGCGCAGAGUGGUAUGAGUCUUUGCUCGUGGACUAUGAUCUUAGCAGCAAUUGGGGGUAA